ACUUCGACAUGACUGGUAAGUUUAUCGUGCUAAAAUAUUAUGCUGUAACUUUUGUCGCCAAAAUAUACAUGUUCAGACAGUGCGGGGCCAUGCGAUCCCACAAGUGAUCCAUCUACCCUUGGUCAGCCUAUCGAAGUUGCAAGUCGGGAAGCAAUGCCCUUCAAACACAUCAGAAAAAUUGGUCAGGAUGGCAGUGCAGUCAUCAAAAUGGUUUCCCAUGCAUUCACAAAUCAGAUAUUUGCACUGAAAACCUUCCGACGAUACAACCGGCGACAGUUUGAAGGCGUGAAACGCGUGUUCAUAAAUGAAAUUAGCAUUAUGAGACGCCUGUCCUCACAUCUGCACAUAAUACAGUUACGCGGAUCGUAUAUUUGCGACCGAGAACUUUUCAUUUUGCUGAGACCAGUGGCGGACGGCGGUGAUCUGGCAGCAUAUAUUACCAGAGUCCUGGAGUCUGGGCUGCUGAGUGAACAAGAGAUCAUCUUAAAUCGCGCAUUUGGGUGUUUGGCAGACGGUCUUGCAUUCAUACACAAACACACCAUCAGGCAUAAGGAUAUUAAACCACAGAACAUUAUGGUGCACGAAGGUCGCGUCCUAUAUACGGAUUUUGGUAUAUCUUUUGACGCAGAUCAACACGACACCACUACAGUCGGUUGCCCAGUCCUUUUCACUCGGCGUUAUUGUGCUCCAGAGGUAAAAGACUGGGCUAACCGGAACCGCAAAUGGGAUGUUUACUCUCUGGGCUGUGUUUACCUGGAAAUUCUAGAUGCACUUGAG